GUUGUACGCGAGAGCUACACGACAUCCGAGCCGAGGUAGUAGUAGGGAGCGAGAGCUAGCGAAACAAGUGAAACAACACACACACAGUCGACCGCGCUGGCUGACGCGGUGAACGUUUGUAACUUCGCGCCAUUUCAAUCAACUAUAAAACUUAAAACGCAUUUGGAUACCAUUUAAAAUCAUAUUCAAAACACAGGAAUGUGAUCAGUGAUCGUGAUAAAACAACUUAUGUGCCAUAAAAUUAAGUGAUGAAAACAUAAAUUUUUUUUCAAGUUUUAAUAAUGAGUGUUUUAAUAUUGUUUUUUGUGUACGUUUUUGUGCCGUGUGUUUUUGGCCAAGAGGCCGCGGCUUGUUAUGGUGCUGGCAGCGUUGCAGGUGCAGCAAUAGGUGCUUUCAUAGCUGCACUUAUUUUGGUUGCAGCUGCUUAUUACCUUCGCAAAUUGUAUUGGAAGUCACGUAAAGGCAAGCAUCUGGUCUUCUCAACGGAUCCGGAAUCGGUGAAGGAUGAAUUCGCGUUUGACAACCCUGGCUUCAAGCAAGACGAGCGUUGGCAGCAUGACGCCACCCUGCCCGUGGGGGGGAAGCCCUCAGUCCUGCACGCCGAGUUCACUAAGCCAGAACAGAGUAAAGAUGACACGUUUCUCCAGCGCGCUCGUAUACGUCGAGUGAAGCUUUGGGCACGAGACUUCACGGGUCUCGGUUUCCGCUGUGGAGGAGGCGCCAGAGAUGGAGUCCACGUUCACUCAGUGCUCAGGAGUGGGCCUGCCGCCGCGGCUAAGUUACAACCAGGCGACAAAAUAAAAAGCAUCAAAAUACAAUUGAUGGGGACUCCGUUAGAGGACGCUGUCAGCAUUUUGUCUCUCGCGUCUCCAUACCCUGUGGAGUUGGAGGUGGUGGAAGGUGGCAGAGCGAGCGGGGACGGCAGGACGGUACAUCAUCCGCUGCUGAAGAGGGCCGGCUCGACUGGAGACGUUACCACGCUCGAGAAAGAAGGUAAGCUAUUGCACCCUCCGAAGUCACCGAACACUUCGAAUUCGAACAACUCAACACUGGAAACCAAAUACGGGAAGAGCGGCAUCAAGAAGAUAUCCGAGAAGAUAAUCACUUCGACCCUCGAGAGGAACAAGAAGGAGAAACGAGACGGUCUACCCACCACUUUGGAAAGGGAAAAUGAGAAGAACAGCAAAAUGGCCAAAAGUAGACAUUCAGAUGUCCCUAGUGGUCUCAGCAAGCCUGAGAGGAACAAAACGAGACACUCGACAGGAGCUGAUGUCAUAAUGCCACCAGAAAACGGGACAAGUCAAAUCGAACACGCAGAAAUGCAGAAGAGAGAUUACGACCCCAAAAGGGGAAUGAAGUUCGGCAUCAGAGUACUCCCGCCCAACGUGCCUGAUGACGGAGUUUUGAGGCAGAAGAGCGUAGAAAACGGAAGCGCCACCGUCGAAAAGAGAUCCGUCGAUGAAAUAGACAAACCCGAGCCGCCACGACCAGCGCCGACCGUACAAAUCAAACACGAAAACGAAACCGAACACAAGAAGCCAGUCGUGGCUAAGAGAAGAGAGAAAAUGGCGCCGCCCAUACCCAACGCUAGAGUUAAAACGAACGAAACUGAGAGUAUCAGCCACGAGACCACAGUGUCGGACGCGUCUCAAGCAAGCUUCGCUAGAAACGAUCUAAACUCGAGCGGCAUCAAACGCGACGAGAACGGAAUCCCCCAGGAGAUACCGCAGCAAAUGCUCGACGCGGCCAAAGCGGCCAGAACCAACAGAAAGAGUUCCGUUGAAAUAUUAAACGAAAAAGAAAGACAAGAUAACAGGAAAGAAAGGAAAAGCUCUGCAGAAACAUCACACGACAAAGAGAAACAUGAGCAACAGAGAGACGAGGCCCCUAAGCCUGCGAAAAAGUCAAAAGGAAAAGCCCCGUCUCCUCCGGACGCCGACAAAAACAAAACAGACGACAGUAUCCUGGAACGAUUGCAGAGAGUCAAGGAUUUUCUUAAAAGCGAAAAGUACCAUUCAAGCUUACUGAACGACUCUAGUGCGGACACGUCAGGUCGAGCGAGUGCCACACGGAUCAACACUUCCACGCCGAAGGUCAACAAAACGAAAAGCACUAGCUCCACGCGUCUCGAAGACUCAAUCAAUUUCAGUCAAGACGACAUUGACGAUAUAGUCUCGAAGCCAUUCAAAAGGGAAAGCGACUCACUGAACAACUUCUUCGAGGAUUCGAAGUCGAAUCUCUCGUCCAACCAAGACGUCCAUUCGGUCAUUUCCUUGAACCAGAGCGACAAAAGCGAACGAGGCUCCACGACAAUCGAACUAAACAACAGCGACAUCACAAUACACAGUUCUCCAUUGAACGCGACAGUACAGUCCGGGUCCGGCGAUACGUCUCUUUUGGAUGAAAACGAGAGGAAGGCCGCUUCCCUGGGUGAUUUAUCCAGGUUCGAUUUAAGAACGAACGCCGGUAAACCAUCAACCGGUACAUUGGAAAGGGCUCAAAGUCUAGACAUAACUGCGGACGACACUGAGAUAGCCGAGGCCACGAUCUCGCCCAAAAAGAGAAAAGCUAUGUCUGUGGUCGAAACAAACUUUUACGAAGCCAGCGGCGAAGACACGUUACCCGACACUCUUGACUCGGACAAUGGAAUCGUGAUAAAACACAAAGAACCCAGAUUGAGUUUGAACGUGAAAACGUCCGCCAUGGAAGGCCUUAGCACAUUCCAGCGGAAUCGUCUCAAGAAAGCAUCCGAAUUCGGGAACUUGGAGGACGCUAUCGUCAAAGGAUCGAGCAGCUCUAUAGAAUCGGACAAGGUCGACGAAGAUCACGACAAGAGAACCAAAUCCGGACUGCGUAUUGGAAGCGAACACGAGACAUCCGAUCACUUAGCCAAGAGAAUCAUGGACGAGAACAUGAAAGUCCAUUUGAAGCUUGUAUCGGAAUUCGCGAAGACCACUUCAGACGGUAGCACCCUAGCACCACCAGACAACGAUCCGUCGACACAACCUAACCUUACGAAACUCGAAACGACACCGACCAAAUACGAUGAGAAAAUAACGAUGAACUACGACACAAAUAUACCGGACGACUUAAAAGUAUCGCGUAGUUCGUACGCGAACAGCUUGGAGAGACCAAAGUCCGAGAUGAUGAAGAAACUGCUCGCCAAAAAUCCUAUACUCAACGUACACAUCGACCAGAGCACGCAAAGAGAGGCUUCUACCAGUGCCGAAGUCCAAACGCCGAUGACUGACGCUUCGAAAUCCGCCAUGCACCAACCCGACAUAGUCAACUUCGAUCUGAAACCCUCCGAAAUGAAAACUAAAGAUUACGAGGACUUCGUCAGCAACAUCAGGGUCGGCUCGAACAAUAGCAGCUUGAAUAAGAAAAUGGAAAGCUUCUCCACCGACUGGCGCGAUUCAAAGGAGGGCAGCGAUCUCGUCACAUUCACCACAGACAGAACUCAAAACCUUGAAGACAAGACACGUAAGACGUACACAAAAUCGAUUGAAAUCGGCGAACCGACAAUGAGGGUAAUGCCGCCUGAUGUCUUGGAAGGGAUCCGGAGAAGGCACGACGAGAAAGAGAACCGGACGCUUUACAUGGAACCGGGCAACGUAUCCCUGACAAUGACACAAGAACCGACCCAAAAAACCGUCACAGUCAAUGUAGCCGAAGACGAAUUCGGGAACAAAGUCAUAACGCGAAACGUCGAACAAAUAUCCACUAAAUACGUCACCGCGAAAACUGAAGCACCUCUUCAAGUCGAACAGUUCAGUUUUGGCAUCAUGAGAAACGCCGGUCCAACAGACGAACUGGCUCUAGUGGACGGCAACGUUAAGAAUAUCGAUAAGAACGUACUAGACGAAAUAAGACGGCAGAAUCCGAAUAUGCAUUUCGCAUCGGACGAACCUUCGUACACCAAAACGGAGACAAUAAUUCUGAGCACUUCAGACAUGGACGAGGGCCAAGCGAGGGCGUUGAUGGAGAAAAUGAAGAAUGACCCUAGUUUCGUGACGCGCAAAACGCCAGAGGAACCGUCGCGAUUAGGUGUCAGGAUAACGCAGGAUCUGGAAGACGUACAAACGUUCACUGAAGAUGCAACCGAACUCACCAAGACCAGAUACUCCAUCCGCCCAGCAUCAGCGUCCGACGAACAAUGCAAAUUAGAAUCUCACGACGACGCGCACGUAACCGAGAUAGAAGUGGUCGCAACGCGCGCCGACAGAAACGUUAAAGAGAAACCGGAUAAGAUACACAGCAGACAAAGGGUUCCAUAUCGAGAACCGGUUCUAUCAUACGAACUUGACAUCGAGCUGUUGAGCAAUUUUAUAUCGAACGAGAGAUACCACUCGGCGAGACAGAUGGCGGAGGUCAAGAAAACCAAAACGACUGCCUCAGAUCCAAAGAAACGCCACUCCGACUAUGACUUGCCCAGAAACAGCCACAUCAAGUUCAGAACGGCGACGUACGAAUCUCCGAAGGGCACGAUAGUGACGAGCACGGAUCUGGAAAACCGGAGACUAUCGGAGCUAGAUCAGAUGCAGCUGAGAUCGGUCAGUCCGCCCCAAAAACCGGUGUUGCUCGCGAAACCGAGCAGCAUACCGGUGAAGGCAACCGAGAAAACCGCCAAAACCGGCGUCUCGUCGAAGAUCCCGAUCGUCUCGGCGCUUAAGUCCUCCAGCCAGGAGAACUUGGCUGAGAGUAGAUUCUCUUUGCCGCGAUCCCCCCCUCCCCAAUACGGGAGCUCCGGUAACAUAUCUGUAACCUCGAUCAAGAGCAGCUCUAGAAGUCCGAGCGGCGGGAAGUUUUAAAUCAAAACAUGGUCACACUGUUGAGAAUGGGAAUUUGUUCGUUCAAGUAAUUUUGAACCUUAUACCAACAACAUGAAGUAGGUUUCAUGUGUUUAUGAAAUGUAUAAUACAUACAUUUAAAAAAAAACUCGUAGGGACUUAUAAGGAAAAAAACGCUGUGACACAACUGAAGUGCCAGUAAAAUGAAUAUUGUUAAUAAAAAAAUAUAUAAUAUGUAAACUAAAAAAGUGCCUUUCGAAAAUAAUAAUUAUCAUUAAAAUUUAAGUUUCGAUAUUUUAUGUGUAUAUAACCGUCUCGCUCAGACUUUACUAAGCGUGAGCAGGACGGAAAGAUUAACAUUCGGUUGUGAAGUUUCAUAGUGUUGUCACAAUGUAAUAUUCUAAAGAGAUUAAAUGUAUACAUAAAUAUAUACUAUAUAUAUAAAACUAUUUUAUCAAUUAUGAAUGAUAUCUUAACAUUAUAUUACAUUCCGUCCGAAGAGUAUUAAAAUUAAAAAAAAAAAUCAUGAAUUAUUUAUCUUUUGACAUAUACACAUAUAAGCUAUGUUCCAAUAUACACUGCGAGCAUUGUUGUUGUACUCUCACUGGGGAGAAAUAGGUUCCGUUGUGUACUGACAGUAUAGCUACGGUAUCGUAGGGUAAUAGUGACGUCAUACAUAAGUCGCCGCCAUUUUUCUAUUGUGAACACUGCAGGUGUUUUCGAAGUGAAGUUCAGUGCUUUAUUCCCGUGAUCACUGUUACAGUGCUUAACGACAUUUCAAUAAUUCGGUUAUUAAAAACAUAUUUUUUUUUAAAAACAUUACUUUAUUGAAGUAUAAUAGACUAUGACAAUAGAACCAUAAUAAUAUGUCCAAACUUAUAACUACAAUUAAUUAUAGUUGAAUUUCGACUACAGAGUGACCACUAGUUCCGUUUUAAAUAGUGACCCAUUUAGCUGACUAUAAAGGAAUCGCUUCGGAGUAUACUAAAUUGAAAUCACACCUUACAGUGCUCGCAGUGCAAAUCGGAACAUAGCCUUAAUAUUAAAGACGAGAAUACGGACUUUUCGUUUAAAAACAAACAAACAAACAAAUAAUUUCGUGUCUUCACGAAUUCGGGUCCACGUACUUAACUAGAAAUAAGUAAAGUUAACAUUAUAUUUAUUAACCGUUAUAAAAAUAAAAUUUUACCAUAACAUGUUUUAUCACAGUUAAUUAGGUACAUAUUGUAUUUUAUUGAUCGAUAUAAGUUAAUAAAGAUGAAAUGUUAAAAAAAAAAA